AUGCAUAGUAUUUGUUUUCUUAUUCUUGUUAUUUACACUGUUUCCGUUUUGGCCACAAAUGUAUUCGGCAUUCAAUGCCCAAAUUCAUCUGCUGACUGGUGCAAAACGAAAGAGAUUGCUACUAGUUGUGGGGUAACCAAACAAUGUGCGUCUUUUGUAUGGAAGAGAAAUGAUAAUGAUCGUGUUAAUUUUACAAUAUAUUAUGAAAGUCUUUGUGCUGAUUGUCGUCAAUUUAUUAUCACACAAGUAUGGUUCGCAUUUCAAGCUAUAUCCGAUAUAGUAAAUUUAACUUUUAUUCCUUACGGAAAUGCACAUGAAAUCUAUCGACCUGAAACGCAACUUUAUCAAUUCUAUUGUCAACAUGGUCCUGAUGAAUGUUAUGGAAAUCUUAUUCAUACAUGUGCUAUCGCAUCUUACCCGGAAACUCAACAACAUAUGCCUUUCAUUUAUUGCAUGGACUCUAUAGUAGAUGAUGUCGAAAAAGUGGCUAGACAAUGUGCACAAAAUACAAGCAUUGAUUUUGAAAAAGUUGCUAAUUGUACAAAUAGUCGAAUGGGAAAUCAGCUGCAACAUGUAUAUGCCACGCAAACUGAGCAUACUAAACCAACACAAUCAUUCGUACCUUGGGUCACACUCAAUGGUAAUCAUACGGAAGAGAUUCAAAAUUUAGCAGAGACAGACCUUAUCGCUCUUAUUUGUGACACUUACAAGGGUGCAAAUCCACCAGCUCGAUGUAAGAAGAUAUUAUAA